AUGAAGUUGAGCGUUUCUGCCACUACCUUACUUUGCGCCAUCUCUGGUGCCGACGCCUACCGCUCCAACCGUUUUCUAGACGCCCGCGACGCAAAAGCCAUCACCGAUGUCUUUGCCGCAGUUCAGUCAAACAUCGACAGCCUGGAUCAGGCUGUCCUGGCAUGGACUUGCAAUCCCGGCCCAGUCCUUAAGGCCUCUUAUACGCUGAUUUCCACUAUCAAAACUGGCGUGAAUACUGUUUCCGCCAGUGCAAACCUCACUUUGUCGGAGUCUCUGUCACUUCUAACGCCUGUGCAGAAUCUCAAGACUCAUGCGCAAACUCUCGUCAAUGAUCUCAAGGCAAAGAAGCCUCAGAUCCAGACGGAUUUUGAAUGCGACGUUGUUCGUCAAACUAUUUCUGACAUGUCGACCAAUAGCAAGGGGCUUGUUGAUGCCACCAUCUCCAAAGUCCCUGCUGCCGCUCAGGACAUUGCGAAGAAGCAGGCUCAAGGGAUUCUUGACGUCCUAAACGAUGCCCAGACGUCGUUCAAUACAACCAACUGCGUCAACGCAUGA